AGUUGGCGGAAUCAGUUUGUCAAUUGGACACUUACGAGGCGGAAGAGCGAGCAAUCGAAGCAGUAACGCGCGGUGAAUAAUUAAAACUCUUUUUUUUUUCGUUUUCAAAAAGCGCUGUAAAGUAGUGUUACGAAAGAGAUUCAGUGUUUAUUGUUUCAUUUUGUUUUGUUUUGUUUUGUUUAUUCGCUUCAUCAUUUGAUAGUGCCGUUGAUUUAUUUGUAAACAUCACCGCAAGUAUGCUGGAUAGCGAAGUAAAGCAAAAUGUUGUUGUUGCUAAAAAUGCUGACACAAUACUGAAACAAGAAAGUGUAGACGCACUUUCACCGCAAGUUUUGGAAGCUUAUCGUAAGAUUGCGGCACGCAAUGCCAUCAUCGAUUUCGAAUUAACCGUACAGCCGAUAGGCGGUAAAGGUGAAAAUUCAUAUGGCUCGGUUUUGAAAGUGUGCUUAACACCCACACAGACAAGCUCAGGGCAGUCGAGCGCUACGCCGCUCCACACCAUAUUGAAGAUGGCGCCCACAAGUCAAGCGCGGCGCAUACAUAUGCGCGUCAAGGAUGUGUAUGCGCGUGAGGUAUUUAUGUACGCAGAAGUGUUCAGUGAAUUCGAGGCGUUGAGUGUGCUGCUCAAUAAUAAUAAUAACAACAAUAACAAUAACAAAGUGGAUGCCAGUGCGUACCAAAUGCACUUCAAUGUCACGCCUCAAAUGCUCCACUCAUCCUUGGCGGACGACACUGAAUUUAUAAUUUUUGAAGAUUUAACCACCGCCGGGUAUACCAUCAACUCGCGCGUUAACUUGCCCACCUAUGAUCUGGUGGUGUGCGCAUUCCGUGCCAUAGCACAGUUGCAUGCAAUGUCAUUUGUACUGCAGGCGCGUCAACCACAACGCUUUGCCGCGCUCGUCACCCAAAUGGAUGAUAAUCUCUUUACCGCCGAUAUGGAGGUGGUGUCGAUAGAGUUUGGCAAGAAAUCUGUGCGGCGCACGCGUCAAAUGUUCGAGUCGGAUUUAAAGGCUGGCGAUGUGGAUACGCCACAAAUAAAAGAGGUGUUGGAGGCGCAGUAUAAAAUAGAGGCUAAUUUUCAUGAGAUUUGCUUGGAUGCUGUUAAUGGUGCGGCAAACGCGCCGUAUGCGGUCAUAUGUCAUGGCGAUUUUUGGAAUAACAAUAUACUCUACGAAUUUGAUCCCAUCAGCAAUACCGCCAUCAAGGCCAAGCUGAUUGACUUUCAAAUUUCGCGCUACUCAGCGCCAGUCUUGGAUUUGGUACACUACCUCUACGCCUGCACAGAGAAGCCGCUACGCGAUGCGCAUUUUGAUGAAUUCAUGCAAAUCUACUAUGACACGCUGACAGAUUGCAUACGCGAUUAUGACUUGGAUCCGAAAGUACUUUACCCAGAGGCGGUAUUCCGGCAGCAAUUACGGCAAUUUGGCGUUUACGGUUAUUGUAUGUCGGCAUUUGCAGUGCCAUUUUUCGUAUCGAACGCAAGUGAAUUACCCGAUUUGGAUAAAGUAUCGGAAGCGAUACAAGAGCUCACCUCGUCCUCAUCGUCCUCGGAUAGUUCAGAUACGGAUGAGGUAAAUGAGGAAGACGCAGGUAAAGCGCAUAGGAUGAAGGCAGGGAAAACGCAUGUUAACACUACAACAACAGUCUCAACGAAAAGUCAAAAUGCCACAGAUUUUGUCGAUGAAUUAGACAUAUUAACCGAACGUACUUUGCCCAUAUUUAAAAGACGUAUGAUUGGUAAUGUUUUAGAUUUACAAAAAUACAAUAUGAUUGAGGCAAUAUUAAAAUAUUAGAGAGAAAGGAAGAGUGAGAGAGAGUGAAGGAAUGAGAUAGUAAGAAAUAAUUAGUUGAGGAGAGAGGCAGUGUGAUAGUUAGACAGACAGACAGAGCAG